AAUGGAUUAUGAUGAUGAUGAUGACAUUCCCCAGCUUUCAUCCCAUACACUGGCUGCUCUCCAGGAGUUCUAUUUGGAACAGCAGCAGAGAGAGGGCAUGAAGACGUCCCAAGGCUUUAAUCAAUAUUCCAUUGGCUCCAUCGAAGAAGACUGGCAACUGAGCCAGUUUUGGUACAGCGAGGAAACUGCAUCGUGCCUGGCUAAUGAAGCAGUUGCGGCAGCUGGAAAAGGUGGCAGGAUAGCAUGUGUUAGUGCACCAAGUGUGUACCAGAAACUGAAAGAACAGGAUGGUAAAGAUUUUUCAGUGUGUAUACUGGAGUAUGACAGAAGGUUUUCUGUAUAUGGAGAAGAGUUUAUCUUCUAUGAUUACAACCACCCUUUGAACCUACCUGAAAAUCUCUUGCCACAUAGUUUUGACAUCGUAGUAGCAGAUCCACCCUAUCUCUCUGAUGAAUGUCUUCAAAAAACUGCAGAGACCAUCAAAUAUUUAACAAAAGGAAAGAUUCUGCUUUGCACAGGUGCAAUCAUGGAGGAACAAGCAGCAAAGCAUCUUGGUGUGAAGAUAUGCAAGUUUAUUCCAAAGCACUCACGGAAUUUAGCCAAUGAAUUUCGAUGUUAUGUGAACUACGCUUCUGGACUGGACUGAUUCUUGUAAGAAGAUCUACAACUUUUUCAGUCAAUCUCCUUUCUGUUUGUUUUUUUUAUCAGUGACUCCACAUUUCUCAGAGUUGAAAUAUCUGCUCCAAGUACUGUUUUCUGGGCUAGCUUUAAUC